AUUUUGAAAUAAGGUGUCGUUUAUGACCCAGUACGCAAUACACAAAUCACAGCGUUUUGAGUACUCUCUAACGAAAAGAACCGUUCUUUUGUGUAAGACUCUAUGAGUUCACUAGCGGAAGGCCUAGUUAAUCGAAAAUUAUUAUAGUUUUUGGAAUUUAUUUAUAUGUAGGUACAUAUUGCACAGGGUCAUUGCUACUCACUUCUUAUAUACAUACAUAUAUUGGUCAGACUGGCAAUCUGGCAAUUACUGUAAAUAUAUUAGUUAUAAAGAUGACUCUUUCAAAAUUUUUAAAGACUGGUAAUCUAUACAAUAAAGCUCGAAGUCGCACCCGCAAAAAAUUAUCUAACUCCAUACGCUAUUUUAAGUUAACGAUUAUAAAUUUAAUUAUAUGAAUUAGUAUGUGAAUACACUUAGCGUAUUCUGAUUAACUACAGAAUCCUAAUUAAUGGUUGCAAGCUUACACAUCCCUUGUACAUACCGUUGAUAGACUGAAAUGUAAAUACUUUUGGAAUCUACCAUCAAAAGAGUCGUUGCCCUCUCUCGAAACCCAUAAACACUUCCUCUAGCUGGUCCCAGUCGCGGCAAGAGAUGUUAUUUUUGUGUAAGGCGCAAAAAUUUUGGUUGCAUUGGUUGGUGCCUAUUUUGGAAACUUGUUCUAUUUUUAAUACGACACUCGGCUAGUGUACUCAUUCCUAUUUUUCCAAUGUGCAUCGAAAUCAUUCUCUGUAGGGAAGCACGGAAUGCACUCGCUCCAAACCAACGUUUUGCUACCGACGAUAUCGAUUUUCAUAUUAAAUACAAUUUGUAAUUGAUUUUUAAUUGAAAUGGUUAGACACCCAACAAAUUAAGCAAUUUGUGAAUCAAUUAGUAGUAGGGCUUGGUCUGCUCUAUAUAAGGCCAAAAAGUCUGAUUUUCCAAUCAAAGUAAGGCGAAGAACGGCCAUGGGUUUGGACAACAUCAAAGGCUCGCGAGCUUUGGUGCGAAACCUUAAGUUUUGUAGACUGUGGCCCAACCGCAGCUCAGUUUCAUCCACUUCUACGUCCGCACCACGCAGCAGAUUGGUCGAAUUGAUGAAGUCGUUCACGCUGCAUUUCAUUGUGACCUUUGCGUUCACGGCCAUGAUGUGGAUUGAGGCUAUAAGCAGCGAGGACUUCGAGCAUUGCACAGAUGUGCUGUUCAUCACGCUGACGAUGACAAGUCUGGUGGCAAAGAUUUUCAACAACUGGCAUCAUGCUAAAAUUGCUCGCGAAUUACUCGAGGAGUGGAGCGACAGUCCACAGUUUGAAGUUCGUUCCGGGCCGGAGCGGGAUAUGUGGGAGCGGGAACAGCGUCACUUUUUACGCGUCGCCCUUCUGUACUCCUUCUGCAGCCUGGGCGUGGUGCCGUGCAUCUUCAUAUCCGCGGCAUACAACUAUCCAAAUGAAUUGCCGUUUUUGGUGUGGGUGCCCUUUGACUGGCAGAAGCCCGCAAAAUUCUGGUGUCUAUACGCCUAUCAGCUCUUCGCAGUGCCAUUUACCUGUCUGUCCAACGUAACGUUGGACCUACUCAACUGCUACCUAAUGCUGUACAUUUCGCUCUGCUUUAAGAUGCUGGGUAUGCGUCUGGCUGUGCUUGCUCCUACUGAGCAUCGCGACUCUGAGCGCCAGCUGCGUGUGCAGUUGCUGGAGCUUAUUGGGCUUCAUAGGCGCGUCAAGGCUCAGGCUGAGAAGAUUCAGAUCUUCAUCUCAAAGAGCACGCUUAUUCAGAUCUUGUUGAGCUCCAUUAUAUUGUGCCUCUCCAUCUACCGCAUGCAGAUGCUCAAUGUGUUCCAGGCACCGAGCAUCUUCUUAGCUAUGGCAGAGUAUUUGUUCGCGAUGACCCUGCAAAUCUAUUUGCCCAGCAUUUAUGGGAACGAUGUUACCCACAACGCUGAUCGGUUGCCGACUGCUCUCUAUAGUUGCUCUUGGCCAGAUAUGUCGAAGCCAAUGCGUCGUCUGAUACUCUGUUUUAUGAUCUACCUGAACCGUCCUUUGGUACUACGGGCAGGUGGCUUUUUUGAAGUGGGCCUACCACUUUUCACCAAGACCAUGAACCAAGCUUAUAGUCUUUUGGCCUUGCUCCUCAACGUGAACAACAAGUAAGCCUGAGAUAAAUAAUCUAUGCAAAUAAUAAUAUAAUAAUGUACCUUCAAAUAAAUUAAUAAAGAGAAUAUACGUUUUUUUUUUUGGGUCUCAUGUGUGUUAUAUAUCGUAGUCUAAUAUGUUGAGAUCAUCAGCAUCAAUAAUAAUUCUUGAAAUUCAUAUAUUCAAUUUCUCGUAUAUUAUUAGAAAGCCCAAUAUUCAAGAUACCAUAUGCAGCUUGGCUUCUCUUCAAGAAUAAUAAUGAAAGAUUUCCUUAAAAGUUUCGCAUACUUUUUAUACCCUGAACCCAUUGACAAUGGCCAAUCUGGGUAUAAUGGUUUUGUUGAAAUGUACGUAUGUAACAAGCAGAAGGAGGCGUGGCAGAUCCCACAAAGAAUAUAUAUAUAAUAGCGCGGAUAUUAAGUUUAUCUCCAAAAAUCGAUAACUCUUCUCGUUAUUUUGUUAUUGAUUAAAAACCUUAUCGAAAGUUAUUAAUAAAUUUAUAUC